AUGUCCAGUUCGAAAGGUCACAAUGGCGCCACAAAGGCCGCUCCAAGCCCCCCCAUCGUGGCUCGACUCAACAGGACGAGUCCGGGAGGAAACGGUGUGAAGCUGGCAUCCUCACGCCCAGCCAACGAAGAAACGAAUCCAGAAAAGACGUGUGAUCAAGACGACUAUACUGUCUUGGAGCAGCAUAUCCGAUUCUGGGAUUCCGAUGGAGAUGGCAUAAUAGCCCCUUGGGACACGUACCGAGGGUUUCGUGAACUCGGUUUCAAUCUCGUAUUCUCCAUCCUCGCCAUGAUCAUCGUUAAUGGGGCUUUUUCGUAUCCUACCCGGCUUGCGUACUCCUUCAUACCCGAUCCCCUAUUUAGAGUCUACGUGCAUGGAGUAUAUAAAGCAAAGCAUGGUUCGACCACGGGGAUUUAUGAUAGCGAAGGACGUUUCGUUGGUGAGACUUUCGACAACACGUUUGCAAAGUGGGAUGACGAUCAAGACGGUGCGCUCUCCCUACACGAUUUGUUCCAAAUGAUGCGGGCAAACCGAGAUGUCCUGGAUGUAUUUGGGUGGGCGGCGGCGGUCUUCGAACUGGGAACGACGUGGCUCCUAAUACAAAAGGAUGGGAAGGUAUAUAAGGACGAUCUGCGCCAAGUUUAUGACGUAGAGCCCCCCCUUAACGACGCCGAACGCAAGAUCGUCAAGUCAUACGGCGGCUGGACCAAUUUCAUGCUUUCUAUGGGCCUUAAGCCGUGGAAUCCUGAGGACGCAGAGGAGGGGAAGGCUAUCUUAGAGGCCUUUGUAAAGGCCGACGAAGAAGGAAACUAG